UGUGUGGUUUUCUUAAAAUUUUCCAGCAAGAGGCUCGAAGCUGAGGGAGCAAAUUCAAAGUUUCAUGGAGAAGAAGGUUUCAUAAAGAGGAUCUCGACCCACCACAUUUUUUAGAUUCUCCAGCUGCCACAUCGAUUUCCCUCUAAACUGAGGGAGCAAAUUCAAAGUAGAGAGAUAACACUGAACGUCUGAAGCAGAGUCUGAGAGAAGAAUGGGGAAGAAAGCAAAGGGUUCAAGGAAGGGUAAGAAGGCAUGGAGAGCUAACAUAAGCACUGAAGACAUCGAAGAUUUCUUUGAAAAAUCAACUAAGGAUGCUCUCUCUGGAGGCUCUCUCGAAGCGGUUGCCAGUGACACCCUCUUUUACGAAGACAAGUCCAAAGAUCUUUCUGUGAAGAGAAAGAUUGAAAAACAUAGAGAAAGAGUGCUCCGUGUUGAUAGUGUGCUGCAGAAGAACCAAUUUGUUAAGCCAGUGCCGUCUUCGAUUCUGAAGAAGGGCUCUAAGAACCGUAAACCGGUCUCUAUAAGUUUAGAGGCCAAUCAAGAUGUUCAUAAGGAUGAUUCAGCGUUAGCCUCCGGCACGUUUGAUUUAUGGGGUGACAAAGAUGAGGACGUCAAGAAGUUGAAGAAGAAAAAGGUGUCAAAGUCUUCUAUUAUUCCAGCUGUUGAGGUUGAUCAUCCGGGAUGCUCGUUUAAUCCCUCAUUUGAAAGCCAUCAGGAUAUGUUGGCUUCUGCGGUUGCGGAAGAAAUGCAAAAAGUCUACAAAGAUGAAUUGGGCCCUGAACCAGUGCCAUUAACUGUUCCUGGAGAACCUAUUGCUGAAGAAGAUAUGUAUUUUCUUGAUGUGGAUAAUGGUAGUGAUGAUGAUGAAAGUAGUCCUGACAAUGAGGAUGAUGCAGCAGAGAAAGGGCCUAUUAAAACAAAGAGAGUAACUAGAGUUGUGAUGAAUAAGAGAGCUAGGCGCAAAGAACAACUGAAAACAGAAUUUGAAUCAAAGAAGAGGAAGGAAAUAUCAAAAGAAAUUGAUAGCUUACCUGAAAUUUUUGAGGAAAUUGCGAAAGAAGAUGAGGAAAAAAAGAGAAGACGUUUGAGGAGACAUGUUGCUAUGGAAGAGAAGUUAAAGGUGUGUCCGCCACGCUUAGGAAAGCACAAGUUUGUGCCAGCGCCUGUUCAAGUUUUAUUAAGUGAAGAGAUAAGUGGUUCAAUCCGCAAGCUUAAGGGUUGUUCCACCCUCUUAAAGGAUAGAUAUAAAAGCUUUCAGAAAAGAGGAUUGAUUGUUCCAACCAAGAGUAAAAGGAAGUAGUUUUCUCUUCAUUGUUGGCUCUCCAAAAUUCAGGCCUUGAUAUGUAGCAAGAAGACUAUUGAUGGAUGAAAGACCAAGAAAGUUUCUUUUUUCAGUGAUUAUUAUGCUUUUUUCUUAUUUAGCUCAAUUUUCACAUUUUUGGUUGUUGUAAACUUCAAUAUCGUAUGUAUUGUUAUUGAAUACAUUUUACCUUUUUAUUGGAAAGCAAAUAACUAUAGAUAUAGCAACUCACUUGUUAGAAUGCAGAAGGGUUUAUUCA